AUGGCACCCAAGACCAUCAUUGUAACCGGCGCCUCUCGAGGCAUCGGCCUCUGCAUUGCGGAAUACCUGCUCACCGCACCGCAAUCCCACAAUGUUGUGGUAGUAGCUCGCAGCCUCGAGCCACUGCAAAAGUUGAAGGAGAAGUACAACAAGCAAGUUGAGGUGGUGAACGGCGACCUGGCAGACUUCUCCCUGGCCCAAAAGGCCGUCGACACCGCCAUCAAGAGCUUCGGCCAGCUGGACGGCAUGGUCCUGAACCAUGGCGUGCUGGGCCAAGUAGGCAAGAUUGCGAUUGCCAAUACCGAUGAAUGGCGACAGGGAUUCGACGUGAAUUUCUUCAGCUUGGUUGCUUUUGCCCAAGCAGCUCUCCCCGCGCUCCGUCAAUCCAAGGGAAAAAUUAUCUUUACUUCCUCCGGCGCCUCCGUCAAGGGAUACCGCGGUUGGGGUCUGUACGGAGCCAGCAAGGCCGCCAUGAACCACUUUGCCCUGACUCUGGGCGCCGAAGAACCCGACGUGACUUCCAUCUCUAUUCGACCGGGAAUGGUCGAUACCAACAUGCAGCGAGAGAUCCGCGAAGACCACACGACGACCAUGGAUGCUGAGUUCCACGCCAUUUUCACCGGGGUCCACAGGGACGGCAAAUUGCUUCGCGUCGAGCAACCCUCGCAUGUUAUGGCCAAGCUGGUGCUCGACGCGCCGAAGGAGCUCAGCGGAAAGUUCCUAUCAUGGGACGACAAGGAGAUCGAGGGUUUCCAGACAUGA